AUACGUUUUCCCAGUUGGUAUUGAAAUAAGUAAACUUGACCGACUUAAAAGUUGUCUGUCGAAUGUACGUGUACUGGCCGUGUAUACACGACUUGUAGAGGUGGCUGGAAUUCAGUGUGGCCAGUCAUUAUCAGUUACAGCGGGAAUCUGGCUACAGCACAGGGGGUUGCUCAGUGGCUAUAAGUUGAACGUGGGAGCUGGUAUUUCACAUCACUGGUGAACCAUGGAUGGAGAGAGCGCCUUGCGACCCUGUCCAAUUUGUUCAGUAGAUUUUAAUUCUCAAGAAGAGUUUGAAGAACACAAGUCAUCACCACAGCAUAGAGUCAGAUGGCUCAAACACUGGUAUCAGACCAACAGGCUACUCCUUGCCCAAGACAAGAAUGGAGUUGUGAUUUGUCCACAAAAAAAUAAUGAUACUACUAAUGUCACCUUUGAGGAGCGAUCUGGCACUGUAUGUGUGUCACUCCUGCCAGGUGGCCAGAAAUCCAUCCCUAUCGUGAUCAAGAACACAGGCAAAGAGCCUGUCAUCCUACGGCAGAUAGAAAUGCUCCACAGCUGCCCAACAGUUGCACUGAAUGACCACUAUGGUGUUGUUCGUGGUGAAAGAUUUGUCAGAGUUCUCUCUGGUGUGGAAUAUCCUGUGGACUGUCACACACAAGGAGGAUCAUUAGGGGUUCUGCAAGUACCUGUGGCCUUCCAGUUUAAGCCUGAGCAGUCUGAUGAGCUCUUCUUCAUUGUCAGAACAGUGCAAGUGAAUGUGUUGGAUAGUGUAGCCCAGGACUCUGCUGCGACAUCUCCAUAUGAAAAACCAAGCACGGGUUACCCCCUUCGUCAUGAAUUUGGCUCCUAUAUUCCUGGAGUUCCUGUAGUAAAGCAAAAAUCUAAAAAUGGUUUAACUGAAAAAAUUCCUCUGCACCUGUACAAAUACAAACCCAGCUUGAAACAUAUAGCCAGCAAGAACUUCAACCCAAAUAAAGUUGCUCCUAAUCAUCAAGCAGAAACAAAGAAACUAAAGGAUAUGAUGAAAGCUGGUUUGGGGCCACAUAAUUAUGUUGAUUGGUUUGAAACAAUGCUCUGGAUUGAAGAAAUGCAGAUGGAACUUGAUAUAAGAUACUACAGCAUACCUGAGGCUCAACUAAGGGCAGUCUCUCCUCUAAUUUAUUCAGCUGCAAGUUGUGUAGAACUUGAGGUCCUUGGAUUGUCAGAAAACCGUCCUUCCAUUUUGCGAGGGGACAAUGUGUAUGUCACUCAUUUGGGAAAAAGGAAGCCUGUAUAUGCUGGCUGUGUCCACAAGGUUAAUGACAAGUCAAUCUACCUCGCAUUUGAUCCAAGAUUUAUGGAGACUUUUCUGGAUAAACAAAAAGUGAGUGUAGAAUUUGAGUUCAACCGUCACCCACUGAAAGUGAGCCACCGAGCGCUGAAUCUGACUCGUGAGAGAGCUUUAACUCAUCUCACGUUCCCAUCUACCCCACCGGCCAUUAUGCCACAGAUUCAAAAUAUUGUUCCCUAUAACCGCAAGCUUGAGAAUAACAAAGAGCAGAUGCUAGCAGUGUGCAACAUUGUGUCUGGGACAUCAAAACCUGCCCCUUAUAUAGUUUUUGGUCCUCCUGGUACUGGAAAAACCGUUACCAUUGUUGAGGCCAUCAAACAGUUGGUGUACAAGCUACAGCCAAACAGCCGGGUAUUGGCAAGUGCCCCGUCCAACGCUGCUGCUGAUCUCAUUGCUCAACGCCUGCUCGAGCAUGUUUCCAAGAACCACAUGAUAAGAUUGCACGCAAUUUCCAGACAUGUUAAAACUAUUCCUGACCAACUGCUGGAUAUCUCUAAUGUGAAGAAUUAUGAAAUAAACUUCCCAACUGGCAAGAAGUUGCAGGAGUACAGAAUCAUUGUUUGCACAAUGGUGACUGCUGCCAGGAUAGUGUCAGCAUCUCUUCCGUCUGGUCAUUUAACUCAUGUUUUCUUGGAUGAGUGUGGACAUGCAAUGGAACCUGAGGCCAUGGUACCAUUGGCAGGUAUGUUGGCCAAAGAUAGCCAGGUAGUGCUGGCUGGGGACCCCUACCAGCUGGGUCCUGUCAUAAGAAACUCACAGUGCUACUCCAGUGAAAAGCUCUUCUCAAAUAAUGGAUUGGACAAAUCAUAUUUGGAGAGAUUGAUGGAGAUGGAGAUGUACCAAGACAAAAAUGGCACUUUCAACCACCAGGUGGUGACCAAACUGCUCAAUAACUACCGCUCACACAAGGAUAUCCUCAAGGAACCAAAUGAGAUGUUCUAUAGGUCACAGUUGAAGGUGUGUGCAGAUCAGGUGUAUGUGACUUCUAUGUGCAACUGGGAACAUUUACCAAAGAAAAAUUUCCCUCUCAUCUUCCAUGCUGCCAGAGGCAGAGAUGACCGAGAGGGAACUUCACCCAGCUUCUUCAAUGCUCUUGAGGUGUCUACUGUGAUUGGCUAUGUGAAGAAGCUCCUUGAUACUCGCAGUCCCAAAGUCAUGGCCAGGGAUAUAGGAAUAAUUACUCCCUAUAGGAGGCAAGUGGAAAAGAUCAGGAAUCAAUUGAGGAAAGUUCAUAACACAAAUAACUUGAAGGUGGGCUCCCCAGAGGAGUUUCAAGGGGAUGAGCGUCGUGUCAUUAUCAUCUCCACUGUCCGUGCAUCUGCUGAUCAACUGGCUAAUGACCAAGUUUUCAAACUUGGAUUCUUACGGAAUCCAAAGAGGUUCAACGUGUCUGUGACACGUGCCAAGGCACUCCUCAUCAUCGUGGGCUGUCCUGAAAUCCUCCAGCUGGAUGAGCACUGGGGCAAGCUUCUAGACUUCAUUCGGCAGAGAGGAGGAUACCGAGGUCAUUCAUAUUCUCGUGGCGGUCUUGAUGACUUUGAUGACAUUCUGACAAGAUUUGAAAAUCUCAACCUUCGUCCAGUAUUAGGAGAAGAUGUAAGUGCUCGAGAGUUGGCCGAGGCCCCCGAGUGGCGCGCGGAGCACUAACAGAGAUGCAUAGGUCUUAAGCUCGUUCACACAAGAGGCCUUAUAGAAGUCAUACACAGUAGACAUGACAAUCAAGGUGGGGGUUUAGUCUUCACUCUCAGAUGAUAUUGUUGUGGAUUAUUAGUUUUUAGAGCUCUCUUAUUAAUGAACAAGCAUUUCAUAGACUGAGCAAAAUAAGUGAUUAAAAGACUGAUAGAUUAUAUAUUUGUCUGGGGGCAUUAGAACAUCACUUAAGGAGACAAGGAAUUUAAUGUGAUGGUGCUUUUUAUUGUGAUGUAGCAUUUUACUACUGAUAUGUUCCUUUAAUGUAAAAUAUUUUCUUCUCCAUUUUUAAGACACGAAGUCCCUUAAAGUGUUUUAUAUUUUGUGGAUAGGCUAGUUUCUGGUGCCAACUUGUACAUAACACAUGCAGGUUGUACACUGAUAUUUGAAAAAAAAAAAUUAUUGUUGUGGUGUCACUUUUCCAACUUUGUUCUUAGAUAUAAUAAGCAUCCAGUUUUAAUUAUAUUUGUAUUUUUUAUAUUUUGAUUGCUUUGUAUUAGAUACAGUAAAACCUCGAUACACCAGACUAAUUGGGACAGACCCCAGUCUGGAAAAUGCGAAGUCCGAAAAAAGCAAAUCUGUGGGGGAGGGGGGGGGCUGGACUGGACAUAACACUGCUGAUCAGGAGUUUCAAGAAAGUCACUUGUUAUACAGAUGAACCCCGAUAAUCAACGUCCCAUUGACCGUCGAUUCGUAAAAUCGACAAGUACAUACUGUACAGUAUAGGGGAAAUACCCAGAGUUUUGACAAUUGGCAGAGCUGGUGUGGUGCGAAUUCUUGCCGCAAGAGGACUCUGCGCGCUGCUUCCGACUCAUUCCCACCAUCUUUGCUAUUGUUUACACUUACUAUGUCUUUUUUUUUUAACUACUUCGUGUGCUACUCAAUCAUGUUUAAACACCCCUGUGAUAGUUCAUCUUAUGCAGGGCAACUUGAUGUGAUGUGAUAAAGUAUAAUAAAAGUGGUGAUGGACCAACAAAGAGUGGUAGAGACCUGAACUUGCCACCCUAGACUGUCUCUGCCAUCCUCAACACAGGUAAAUAAGUCUCAAUUUAUGCUUUACAUUGCUGGUUGAAGGCUUAUUAUGGUUGCUUUAUUUUCUUGCUUGACAGUGUGCAAUACAGAGAUAUAUCUUGACUAGAUGGGAGUUUUUGAUGGGUGGCCUGCCCCUAACCCACUGAAUUUAUGUUCUUAUAGGAUUAAUUGCUUCAAUAACCGUUGAUUCACUAACCAGUGACACUACCUGGUCCCUAUAUGCGUCUGUUAUCGGGGUAUGCCUGUACAGUACUGUAAUUACUGCAAUUCAACAACUAAGGUCUAGUCUUUAAGUGCAUAACAAGGUUAGUAAAACACAUCUACAAUAAAAAAAAUGAGAUGAAAUUUUCUGAGUUGAAAAUCAGACAAAGUCUGGUUGUCGACAACUAUUUUUACCGAGAUGAUUGUUUCGUACUGUCAAGUUUUAUAUGUAAAAAUCCACAGAAUUUGUCUUAUGAAUAUAGAAAAAAACUGUAUACUGUACAGUAGUAUAAAAUAGAAAUAAAGAAAAAUUAAGUCUAAAGGUAUAUUGUGUGUGGGAGAGAAGAGUGGUUUGGGUGGGGUGUGGUGACCCCCGUAUCCCAUUAACAUGUGUUUAUGCAAUUUCACCAUAAUUUUCAUAUCAUUUAGGUUCAUUUGCUGCUGGGUUGAUAUAAUUUUAUUAUAAAUAGUCAUCUUUCCUGAAAAAAGAAUCCCACACUCAGCACCAUGAGUCAUUGUGGUCGUUUGGAUACAUUGCCAACAGCUGAUCAACCUAGUUCCCUCGUUUGCUUAUCACAGCAUCUGUCUUGAGCAGUGAGUCAAUAGUACUGCAGUGAAUGUAUCAUCACUUCAUUUUCUUCAUUAUGUAAACAAAUAUACUAACAUUUGGAAACUUCUCAUGACCUUAAAUAACAAUGAAUAGUUUAUUAUUAUAAAAAUUCUACCUUU